UAUUUCUUUCAUGGAUUCACUGAAAUUGAGCAUUCCUCAAGCGGGUUUGCACCGAAACGUCGAUCUCUCUUUUCCCAAUCUGCAUAUGCCCCCAUCAAGGCUAAAAAUUACAUGUGCGUUGAGAAAGAUUGGACCAAGAAAACCAAUGUGGAGGUCAAGGGUGUUGUCUCGGGAAGCCAUACAAGCUGUCCAAUCUUUGAAAUAAGCAAAAUGUCCAGACAAAUUAGCAGAGGUCUUUGCCAAUAGAAUCAGCAGACUCAUGAAGGCUGACUUGUUGGAUAUUUUAUCCGAGCUGCAAAGGCAAAACGAAGUAGAAUUAGCUCUUCAGUGACAUGAUCCUGAUGUUGGGAAAGAGUAGCAAUAUUGAAAUGGCUGAACAGCUUUUUGGUGAGAUAGAGAAAGAAGUCCUAUGGCCUGACACUAGAACAUACACUGCGGUGAUUGGAGCAUAUUUCCGUGUCAAAAUGAUAGAAAAGGCAAUGGAGUCAUAUGAAUCAAUGAAGGGAUCAGGUUGUGUUCCUGACAAGCUAACAUUCAGGAUCUUGAUAAAGAACCUUCAAAAGGCUGGCGAAAAAGAACUUAUAGCUACAGUGAAGAAAGAUUGUCUUUCCUAUAUUGAGUACCCUGAGAAAUUUCUUGAAGAGGUUGAAAAGACAUACCCAAAGCGAAGGUUACUCAACGUUGUUUGAAGAUAUGUAGCAUCUUUCAACCGUGUCGUCCUUUGUGCUACCUUGAAUUUCACAAUCCUCGGAGCUGGAUGAAGCUUGUCACCAUAGCCAGCUACCUUGAGAUAGUUGCUGCCAGCUUAUUGGCAUAUGAGCUGGCAAUUCUCACCUUGACUGGAAUGCAAGGUGAAUUAGUCAAUUCAAUUUAAGCAAUGAUCAUUUUAAAAAAUUUCUACCCUGUAUUAGAUCCUUGCACGAUGAUAGUUUAGGCUUGUAAUCACUAAUUAUGACUUCGUUAAGCAAUUUUGGCAAUUUUGAACUCACUAGGCUGACUAGGUGCCUUGUACGGUCAUUGCUGUUGGAUUAAUGCAAAUAUCAUUUUACAAUAUGAACUCUUUUAGCUACUGAAAAAUUCCCUAAGAUGUAGCAUCAACUCUUGAAAGAUGCUACAUGUGCCUUAUAAUGUAAUGUAAAUCUCCCAAAAUUUGCAACAUUUUCUGUAAGGUCUUUGAAGGUCCAAUUCCUAUAGUGCAAAA